CACUCCUCCCUCGAACAACCAGAGCCGUGGGCCAUCACACCUGCGGUAGCACCCCUCCUCAAAGAUAAACUCGCGCCUCACAAUGGCUUCCGCAGCUGCAGCUGAGCGCAACCAAGGCGACGACAAGGAGAGUCGCUCGAGCGAUCUAUCUCCGCUGUCAAUCCAUCGCCUCAUUGCACUUCAUUCCCACGAGCGACUGUUGGUUCACCCGUUGCUCUGGACCGACCGACAUCUCACUUUACUUGGAUGUCACAUUCACCACCGCGGCGAGGCCGGUGGCGUCGACGGCCUUAAGGUGGUCAAUGGACCGCCAACUCCCCCCGAGAGUCAGGAUGGUGACUCAGCACCUUCACCAUCCAGCGACCAGUCCAGUGUGCCGGACACUCGAGUUGCUGAUUUCUUAACAAUGGUCGAUGUUAUCUGCGACUUCCUCAAGCAGGCUGGCUGUUCUGUCAAGAUUGACAAGAGACACACUCGUUUUUACUUUCGUGGGCGCUCUCGCGAUAUUAUCGAGUAUUGGCACUUCGAUACCACGACACCGGGCCCGAAUAGCGAACGUGUGACCUUCGCAUGCUUUGACGUCCACGACAUGUGGGCACUGCGACGUAAAUAUCUAUUCCCGCUACGGGAUAGGCUGGACCGGGAGAAUCCACCUCUAAUCCGCCGCUAUUUGAAGCUGAUGAAACGCCAUACACCCGCCGAUCCUACCAAGGACCCAUACCUCGUUGCUGUCGUCAUUGCGCUCGCACAACAGCAGCGUCUCCUGUGGCGCCAAAUGUGUGGAGCCAAACGAGGCCCGAAACUACACUCGCCAGACGGCUACACAGUUCGCCUCCUCUUCGCUGGAGUUCCCACACCGGAAACCAGCAGUCGACUCUGAACUCCACAUCCAUCACUGGACGGUCGCACCUGAGCCUUCAGAGACUCGAGCACGGCGAUUGGCACGAGCUCUGACGCUGGAUUGCUGCGGAGAAACGCAUAAUUCUCAGCACCAAAUGACCCUAGGAAAGAGCGGAG